UCACGGGAGUGGAACCAAACAGCGGAACACGGACGUUUUCAAUGUCAACACUUCCUGUUGUGUUUUUCUGAUUUUCAAACCAGGAAGAUGGAUUUGCUGUCGAACAAAUGGAUAAUUAAUUUUCUAAUUUGUUGGUUUUCCAUCGGUGUCAACUGUAAUUCAGUGGAAAAGAAGAUUUAUGUGCAUCUCAAUUACACUGUCCCAUGUGUGCGACUGCUCAAUGCAACACAUCAAAUCGGCUGCCAGUCCUCUCUGUCGGGUAAUGUGGGCGUGCUCCAUCUGCUGGAGUCCGAGGAAAACCUGGACUGGGUCCUGCGCUCUGGUCCCAACCCUCCUUAUAUGGUCAUCCUGGAGUCCCCUCUGUUUACCAGAUCCAUCAUGAUGAAGCUGAAGAGCGGCUCCAGCAGGGUGGCGGGCGUUGCGGUUGUGGCGCCAAAAACGAACCCAGCCGGGAGCUUCUCUCCGCACACCGCCUGUCCCAACGAGAACUCAGGUGUUUAUUCAGAGACCUACGGCCCAGACAUGGCCCAUUGUAAUGUGACAAUGUGGAACCCUCUGGGAAACGGGUUGUCCUAUGAGGAGUUUGACUUCCCCAUCUUCUCUCUCAAAGACGACAAUGACACUCAGGUCAUCCGACAGUGUUUCUUGGACCAUAACCAUGCUGUGAACGGCAGCACUCCUCAGUACCCGCUGUGUGCUAUGCAGCUCUACUCCCACAUGUCCGCCGUCACCAACACAGCCACCUGCAUGAGGAGAAAUUACAUCAACUUCAGCAUCAGCCCAGAGAUGGUGUGUGACCCAUUGGGUGACUAUAAUGUUUGGGCCUCCACCAGGCCUCUCAACAACACGGCCAAGGGCCACAAGAUGUGGGAGAGCGUGGUCAUCGCAGCGGCCAGGUUGGACAGCAGGUCUUUUUUCUUUGACAUCGCUCCAGGAGCAGAGAGUGGAGUCUCAGGGUUCGUCACCCUGCUGGCAGCCGCUCACGCCCUGCGUAACGCCACCCAGGAGGCCCAACCCAACCGCACCAUCCUCUACGCCUUCUUCCAGGGGGAAACCUUUGACUACAUAGGCAGUUCGAGGAUGGUGUAUGACAUGGAGAACAAUCAGUUUGCAGUGGACCUGGACAAUGUUCACUCAGUACUGGAGGUUGGACAGGUGGGACUUCGUGCUGACUCCAGACUGUGGCUUCACACUGACCCCGUGUCGAGGAGGAACAACAGCGUCAACACAGAGGUGGAGGGGCUCAUCACAAACUUGCGCCUGGCUGCCACAGGUUUAAGCGUCUCACCGGAAGUGCCCGGUUUCUCUCAGCCACUCCCGCCAUCUUCCUUCCAGCGUUUCCUGCGAGCUCGGCCAAUCCCCGGUGUUGUUCUUCAGGAUCACGAGUCUGCGUUCACCAAUAGGUUCUAUGAGAGUAUGUAUGAUAAUGCAGAAUACCUGAACAUAUCUUACCCGUCAAACCUGACGCCAGAGGAGCAGCUAGAAUUUGUCACUGACACUGCUAAGGCGGUGACUGAGGUGGCCACCAUGGUUGCUCGGGCUCUGUACAGGCAGGCAGGAGGAGCAGAAACCCAGCUGAGCAGCAUUAAUGCAGACCCUCAAAUAGUCACUCAAAUUCUGUACAGUUUCCUUGUUCGGUCAAAUAACUCCUGGUUCCAGCAACUGAUCUCAUCGGACUUCAUGAGUCAUCUGACUGACAGGCCCUCAAACUUCUAUGUCAGCGUGUUCCAGCAGUCCAGCGAACUGACCUUUCUGGUCCAGCACCUGCUGGCUAACCUGACAGGCAGCACCGUCAACAUCACCCAGGACAAUUGCCAGAACCAGAGAGAGGAUGAGAAGGACAAAGAGAGCAAACAUAUGUACUACUACAUGUGGGCUCAGGGUGCGGCACCUCCCAACAGCACACAGAGGGAGGGUUACUGCGUCCGCUCCACCGUUCGUCUCUCCAAAGCGCUGUCCCCAGCAUUUGAUCUGCAGCAGUACACCUCCAAAGAUUACUCAACGUGGACAGAGUCCAGGUGGAAGUUCAUCAAAGGACGCAUAUUCCUGGUGGCGAGUCAUGAACUGGAGAUGCUGACGCUGGGUGUGGGUGUUGGCGUGCUGCUAACGUCCCUCCUGCUGACGUAUGUCAUCAGCUCGAAGGCCGACAUGCUCUUCAGCUCAGGGAGGGAACCCACCAACGCCACCUACUGAUCCACGCGGAGACAACGCAGGCCCACGACCACUACUACUACUAUUACUGCUACUACAACUACUACUUCUAUCCCAACCCGACAUGGACAGGACCUUUUCUUUAAAACACACCACGAGUAGGUACACAGACAGGUUAGACACAGCAGCUGGG